AUGCCGUCCCAAAAAUCCAGGAUCAUCGCCGGCCGUCGAGCCGCCCACCCCCACAAAACCAACACCCGUAAAACCCAACUCCACAACGACAUUACCUCCUUGAUCUCUGACAUCAACCUCAGAGUCUAUGCUGCCGACGAUCCUGCCUCGUAUACUGCCACCAACACAAAGAGUGAUGUGGAAAGAGAGCGUGUCAAAGGAGGAGGCUGGGUGGGCUGGGCGGACGAUGUGGACGCUUUACGCCGACCGCAUGAAGAAUGGACGAGACUGUUAGAAGAAGGCCGCCAGACUCGUCAAUCUCUCGACCCCCUCCAAGCUACUCUGGCAAAAACAAAAGAAGCGAUCCAUACCGAAGCCAACACCCUGUUCAACACCAAAAACAUGCCCGAACAUCUUACCGAGCUUCCUUCCGUCAUCCAAUACACUGACGACCUCAUCGAGGUUAGAGAUCUACAGAUGACGCUGGAUAGGAACGCAGAUGCUUGUAAUGGGUUUUAUAAAGAUGUCUUGGGGGCGUUGGACAAGGAUCUGAGAGAGACGUUUGACGGCAUGAACGAUUUGGAGGUGCCCGCCGAAGCUGCCUGGGCCAGUGUCGUCAGAGGUAGCCUUCUCCUCCAACGCGAGUCGCACCAAUUCUAA